AUGUUACAAAUCCUUACACUAAUGUACGCACUUGAGGUCGCAAGAGCCGACCUUGGUGGGACAGACCUGCAAUUCCUUAACGAACUGCCUUUAGAAAAACUAUUGGUUCUUAAGUCUUCUUUGCAAGAAUUCGUCUCAGACACUUACCAGAACACUAGUACAUCAACACCCUCGUAUUUAGAGAGCUUCGGGGCACAAGCGAUGGCUAUAAAGGCGCCGCCGAUAAAAAGAACAGACUACGAAGAAAUGAGCAGCAAGAAAGACAGUAAAAUUAGCAAAAUCUUCUCUAUGUCGGUGACAACAUUGGCGUUCCUGGCUUUCGGUGGUUAUUUACUGUGUUUGAUUGUGCAAGCGGUUAGAGAGAAACAGAAUUACGCACAGACCACGGCGGCGCCUGCGACAUUCUUCGUGAGCGCGGGCAUAAAGAAACGACCGCAGCAGUUUGUGUCAUAUGGAAGGAGGAAAAGGGAGAGCGGCAGGGACACAAGUUCGGAACUGGUGGAUAUUCCUUCUGAGCAACUGUUCAGUGCUUUGUUGCAGAUCUGCGAAGGUUACGCCAAGUGGAGUGAGCGGUAUGCUGAUUCAGAUACCUUGUAUUGA